CAUUUUUAACUGCUUGUGUUUACAUACACAACUUUUUUAGUUUAUUCCAAGAUGGAGGCCACUGUUACACAAAAUAUUGAUCCAGUUGAUCUUAAAAAUUUUGAAGGCUUAUACAACGAACAACUGAGGCGAGGACAUGUAAAUGAAAAAACCCAGUUUGAUUAUGCUUGGUGCCUUGUCAGGAGUCGAUACAUUGCUGAUAUGCAUAAAGGCAUUGCUUUGCUUGAAGAUUUGUUACGUAGUGCUAAAGAUGACUUAAGCAAAAGAGACUAUCUGUAUUAUAUAGCAGUUGGAUUUGUGAGGAUAAAGGAAUAUGAAAAGGCUCUUGAAUGCACAGAAGCUAUUUGUAAAAUAGAACCAAACAACAGACAAGCCUUACAGCUGCAUAAUUAUGUCAAAGACAAAAUGAAAAAAGAUGGCUUGUUAGGCAUCGCAAUAGUAGGUGGGGCUGCACUGGCUUUGGGAGGUAUCUUAGGCAUCACUAUAGCAGCAUUAAAAAAAUGAAGUGGAGGGAUGAAACACAAAUACUCAAGCUCUUUUUCAGUAGUUCCUAUUUAUAUUUUCUUUGACUUUUUGUUGACCAGAUUAUUUUACAAAAUCACAUGUAUUAGAAAGUAGUAAAUGUUGAAGCAAAAUGUGAAUUUUUCAUGGAGUAAGAUUAUAUAGACCUAGUAAACAAAGCUGGAAAAUUUUUGAUAAAUAUAAUUCUGUAAAGAAUUUUUUCCUCUUUUAUUUAUAGUUGCAAACUUAAAAGGCUGUGGAAAUGUUAUAAUAUCCCCAUGUUUGUACAUUUUAUAUCGCUUUGGUAUGUGAUGGAUGAAAAGAAAUGUUGAGUGUAAGAGAGACCUAUUAAAAAUGCAAUGAGCUUAAAAUUUGUUAAUUAUAAAUUUUCUAUUAUCUAAUUAAGAAAAAAUUUGUGAGGUUAAUUACUAGUGAAGACUGAUGAAGUAGAGUUCAAUUUCUUUGGCCAUAGCUUUUUUUUAGAAACUUCACCAGUAAAAAUAUCUGGUCCUCCUAACUUUGCAGACAGUGAUGGUCUUUAAUCUGAAUCUCUGUGACAACGCCAAUCUUAUAUGCAUUUAUGAUUUAUCCUUUGUAAGACUAAUCUCACUGUAUUUUAAUUAGGUGUGGAAUAUGUUGGAUGUAGAUUUUAAGAUGUAUUGCUAAUGUGCUUCUUAUAAGGAAACACUAAUAAA